UAAACGAAUGUACACAAUGUAAGUAGAUUGCGGAUCACACGAGCUAAUAUGAGCUUAUGCGCAUUGCGCAUGCGUAAGUUCGAGGUCAAAACACCGCGGCCCGAGGCUAUUUGAACUGUGAAUAAUUAAAACAAAAAAUAAUAAUUUCUUAAAUCUUUCACUCAGCGGUAAAUUAACUGCAGUUUCUCGCGUUUGCGCGCAACAGCUUCGUGUUAAACGCAAAAAUUUUAAUUUUCUUAAAUUUUUAUUUUUCAUUUUUUUUAUUUUGUAAAAAUUAAUUAGUGAAAAAUUUAGCUACAGCGCAUGCGCAGCUAUCAACACAUCGCAAUGUUGUCGCCACAACCAGCACGCGCAAUGAAAGCAACAACAACAGCAAAGACAACCACUUCAUUAGCCACAUUUGUACUUCUGCUACUACUCUCAUUAACCACCGCCAACGGGCAGACGCAAGCGCCUUCGCAAAACCAAAAUGUGGAGAUAACCGGCAAACCCACCAUCUACAAGCCCGCUGUCAUACGCACGGAACUACGCUUCGGACGUAAUCUGGAUCCGGAGAAGGUGCGCGUCGUCAAUGUGAAAUCUAACACUGGCGAUAACGUGGAAAUUUUAGUUGGCAAAGAUUCGCGACGCGGACGACUUGAUGACGCGGCCGGUAGCUUCUUUGUGCGCAGCGCCGAUGUGCGCAAGCCAACGCCACGCCCGCAGAAUGCCAAACCGUCCGUUUUUAGUUUCCAACAUACGCCAGCGUUGUUGAAACAAGUCGAACUGGCGCGUCAGAGCCGUGAUUACCAAGAGCGCAAAGCUGAAGCUGAAGCGCGCCAAGUGCUAAAGAUACAAAAUGCCUUGCGUCAGGCGGACAGUAUGCCAGCCGCCAGCGGCAGGACGCAAUAUGCACGUGGUCUACAAUUUCGUGACUCUAAUGAGCCGCAAUGGCAGCGACAGCAGCGAGGUGUGCAACAGCGCGCCGCCGACGAGUUCAGAUUUGUGUCGCCUGACACACAAAAGUUUGGCGCCCCCCUGAACUAUAUGCCCAUUGCGCAGAGUACAAAUAGCAAUAACAAGAGCUUCUCAUUUCCCUCCGCAGCCGCCGCCUCACACAGUCAACCCAUCGAUCGCUCCUGGCAACCGCUAGAAUCCGUGAGCGCGCCACAUACACGCAAUAUGCGUCAAGCGCCCGAUCUGUACAACAACAAUGCUGGCACAUAUCAGCUCGGUAAUGGCUACAGCUUCCGUCCCAUCUUCAAUGCGGCUCUACGCUCGGUUGCCGAGUACUAUACAAAUGUCGCCAGUAAUCAGGGUAGUGCAAGACGCGCCACACGCCCCAAGAAUAUCAUAACCAAAGAUGACUAUGUUGCGGCGAGCAAGAAGAAGACCACCUACAUACCCGCAGCGGUGGUGUUGACUUCAUCCACAGCCGUCAUGCCAGCCAAUAGUAAUGCUAACGCUAGGCCUAACACAAAUUUCGACAACAACAGUUACAAUAGCCAAUACAAUAGCAAUAAAUUAAGCAAUCAAUACACCAAUACAUACAAAAAAACAACCUCCACAAAGCAUCCUAAAGUGCCCAAAUUGAGAGACACACCUACGCAACAGUAUGCGGCGGCCUCGGCGCCUACGUCGACGAUCGUUGACGGUCCAGCGGUAACGGUGAUUGAAGGUGUACGUGUGCCCGACGCGCCCGAGGACAAAGUCAGAACCUGGCGUAAUGCACGUGUGUUGAACAACAAGCUCGUACCUUACCCGGAUGGUUAUACGCCGCCCAAAGUGCAGAUCCAGCAUUUCGAUAGAUGAGUGAAUCAACCCACGUGACCACUGCAUAAACAUAGUAAUUUAACUGCCAAAAAUGAAAAUGAUUUCUAAUUAUUUCAAUAACUUCACGAACACACUUUACCUUUGGCAUAGCUGAGCAGAAAAAAGAGAGUUAGAGAGAGAGAGAGAGUAGUUAACGUUUCAACCAGCGGCUUAAUUGAGUCAAUUAUCGUAUGAUCUACAUUAAUGCUUGCAGAAAGAAACAGCUAAUUGACUCAGUCAAGCGCCUGCUUGUUAUGCCUGGAAGAGUUCAUAAAAACCUCACGACCGAAGCUAUCGCCUUUGAAAACAUUCUUGCUGCACAUUUUUUGUAAUUUAUUUAUGUUUAUUUUUAAUAUUUAAUUUAAGAAAGCUACAGGCAAAUAAAAACUGAAAACUCUAAAAUUUUAAAAUUUUUAGUCAUAAGUUAUCCUUUCUUUUUAUGUAAAAUAAGUGGCACCACUUUUAUUAUCGAACUAUUUAUAAAAUCCACAUAUUUCUAAGCAACUCCCGAAGUUAACUGUCGUCAGCCUUAAAAAAUAUUAUUUUAUUAAAUAAUAUGUGUAUGUAUUAGUAAUUAAGUUAUGAAUAAAAACGAUUUGUUUACCUUGUUUUCUGUUUCUUGUUGAUUGUUUCCUUCUAUUUUCCUUACUUCAGAAAAUAAAUCUAUUUUAAGCAUUUAAAUUAUCAUUUGAGUCAAGUUGUUUUUAUAGAGUGCUGAUCCAAAUAAAUUUAAAAAACAAU